AUGUUUGGAUAUGCUAGCAGUUUCAAAGAACUUGAAGAACUCUAUAAACAGAAAAAAAUCGUAUUUAUAGAUAAAUUUAGUUUUGUAGUUUCAAAAAAAACAAAAAGAGAAUUUUCGUUUAUAAAUAUCUCUGUCUAUGUCAUUGUUCCUGCAACAAGAAACAUUUCUAUUUUUGCUGUAAUAAAUUAA